AUGGGCUCGAUGGCCAAGUUCGGCAUCUUCUCGCCCGCGGUCUACGCGGGGAAGAUCCUCCUCGGCGACAAGGGCCUCGACCAGAUCCGGGGCAAGGGCAUCUCGCUACACUCGCAAGCUAUCAACGAGUUUUGCAUCUUCGUCGGCGCCUCGACCAAGACCAAGGGCCUGCUCGUCAAGAAGGCCAAGAACAACGGCGACACGCUCGGCUUCCUCGUCUAA